UGUAAUCUUAGAUUGAUGUAAACAAACAAACAGUGAAAAUUGUUAAAUUUAUUUAAUUUUAGCAAUAAUUAACAAUGGAAAAUUGUUUAUUAUGUCUUACAAAUCCUAAAGAAUCCAAUCAAUAUAUUCCUGUGCAGUCAUCACAGUGGAUAGAGUGGAAAGUACUACACAUAAUUGAAAAACAUUUUUGGCCAAUGGUCAAUUCGGAAUCUAUAUAUGGAAUUUGUCAAAGCUGCUGGUCACAUUUAUAUGAGUUUCAUCUAUUUUAUUGCAUGGUCGAAAAAGCUCAUCUAAAAAAUGUUCUGAUUAAUAAACAGCAAACAUUUUAUAAUUCUGGGAAAGAAACUAAUGCCGUCGAUAUAGAUUUGGAAACUUUACGUUCAAAUACUCCACAUAUUUUUAAAGAGGAGUCAAUAUCAAAUGAGCCAUUGAUUUUUAUCAACGAUGAAAUUAUAACCGAUAGUAAAAUUGAAGAAAAUUUUAAAAAAGAAUUAAUCCAUUAUAAUGUAGAACUGAUGGGGACUAUCAAGGAAACAGUGUCGAAAAAGAAAAGAGGACGUCCAAGAAAAACACAUGUUUUAAAUAAACCCAAGGGUAAGAUAGGACGUCCACGUAAAAUAUUUAAGGAAAUAAGCAGUCUUUCCUCAACUAGUGUCUCAAAUGACAUUUAUGCUAUUGAUCAGUUAACAGGAACUAAUAAGAAACCCAAGGGAAAGGUGGGACGCCCACGAAAAUAUUUUAAGGAUAUAAAUGAUUUCCCCUCCACUAGCCGGUCUUUAAUACAAAAUGGAAAAAGUGCAAAUAAAAUUUACGCAAUAGGUUCCAUAGCUAGCAUUAAUAAGAAACCCAAGGGUAAAGUUGGACGCCCACGAAAAUAUUUUAAAGAUAUGAUGGAUUUCCCCUCAACGAAUAAAUCUUCAAUACAAACCAGUAUGAAUGUGAAGAAAAUGUAUGCAAUGUGCCCGCCAGAAAACUUUAACUGCCAAUAUAUAAAACCUAAAAAAAGAGGACGUCCUUUAAAAAAUAAGUGCAUUCAACAGCAUAAAGUUCAAGAAAAUAAAUUUAUUAAUAACAACUUUUCAGGGAAAAGAGAAGAUUUAGCUAUGGAAGAAACAUUGAUACCUGAGGCUGCAUUGAAUACAGACUGUUCUGAAGUAUUAUUAAAUUACGCACCUUUAUACGACAAUGAUUUACAAAAAAGCGAAGAAUUAGAUUUUAAAAAUAUCUUAAAAAACAAGAGAAUAUUCACCUUUGAUUUUAUAAACAAAAGUGUAUAUUUUUAUUAUUUAAAGAAAAUGGAAGCUUGUUUAUUAUGUUUGGAUAUUGAAAACAAUUUGGACGAAAUUAUUAGAGUGAAUUCAAAAGAAUGGGAAACAAAUAAUGUAAAAUAUUUAAUAGAGAAGCAUCUGUGGUCCUUGGAUACUCUAAAAAUGUCCAGUUGGUUGUGCCAUAAUUGCUGGCAAGAGUUAGAUGAUUUUCACAAAUUUUAUACACGAAUAGAGAAAGUCCAUUCAGAAUUGGCUAAAGUAAAAGACAUCGAAGAUGUAAAAGAUUUAAUAGAAAAAAGUGAUGAACCAUUUUUAAAUAUGUGUAAAGCAGAAUUAAUGGAGAAUUCAGUUCAAACUGAGAUUUUAAUAGACCAACCUAUAUCCACAGAAUAUGUUACUGAAAGUGAAAAUCCUUUAAUAAAAGUUGAACAGGAUGAUGAAGAAAUGACUUUAGAAGAUAUGCCUCUUAAGCAAAGACGUAGAAGAGGACGACCACCUAAAACUAAUAUAAAGAGUAACUCAAUACAAAGUAAUAAUGAUCCACUAAAGAAAAUAGAAAGAAAUAAACUAAUAACAAAAAAUCAGAAGCGUAAAGACAUUUCAAAAACGUUAAGCAAUGAUCAGCUUGAGAGCAAUGAUAAGGCACCAGUAAAAAACGAAGAAGAUGAGCCUUUAGACAACACAAAAGAAGCUAAUAUUUCAUCAGAUGCUAUUGAUGACUCUGAUACGGAAUAUGAUGAACAUGAGGAUAAACAACAGAUGGAAAUUUGUCGAAAAAAACGUAAAAAUCCCGAUGAAAAGACACGUAAAGAACAUGAUAAACUUAUAGCCGAAUAUUUUAAGAUUUACUGUAGUCUUUGUCAAAUACCCAUUGAAAAUUUUAUUGCUUUGCGUAAACACUUUCGCGAGGAGCAUAAUAAACGCGGCUUUGUUAUAUGUUGCAAGAAAAAAAUAUUCACUCGUCCCAUACUUGUCGAUCAUAUACACUUUCAUUUGGAUCCCAACUAUUUUAAGUGUAAACAAUGUGACAAAAUCUACUCGGAUCGUUGUACUUUAGAGAGUCAUAUGAAAAUACACGAAGAUGGUCAACAAGAUCGCAAUCAUACUUGUGAUAUCUGUGGCAAAUCCUUUGUGGGUAUUACACAAUUGGAAAAUCAUAAACAAACUCAUGCACCGGAUUAUGAGAAAAAGUUUUCGUGCAAUGAAUGCGGUAAAUUUUUUACUACUUUAUACAGUCUAAAUUAUCACAUUCAAGCUAUACAUCACAAUAAAUAUGUAAAAAUUUGCGAUAUUUGUGGCAAAACCAUGCGCUGUCGCAACUCCUUUAAACUGCACAUGGAAAAACAUGACAACAAAUUAGCAACACCCAUUAAUUGUGAUAUUUGUGGUCUACGUUUAAUCGAUAGACGCGGCUUAAGGCGACACAAAAAUUCGCAGCAUCCAGUGGGUGGUAAAAAAGAGUACUCCUGUCAUAUAUGCUCGAAAAUAUCACCAAAUCUACGAGCUUUACGUACACAUGUACGUUUUGCCCAUGAAACUGGUUACAUACACAAAUGUACAAUGUGUGAUAAGGCCUUUAAGAGACCAGAAGCACUAAAGGAACAUAUGGCUACACAUACGGGCACUCCUUUGUAUACUUGUCCCUGGUGUCCAAAGACAUUUAUAUCGAAUGGCAAUAUGCAUAAUCAUCGUAAAAAGUCUCAUCCUAAAGAAUGGGAAGAAGCUCAACGUCAAAAAUAUGGUGGAAUAUUUCCAUCGAAUCAUAAACCACCAGCUAUUAGUAUAAAUACUAAUUAAACAAUGUAAUUUUUACAAAAUAUAGUUUGUUUUUAAUCCAAA